CUUCCUCUGAUGAAAGAAUAUGAUCUGCUGUAGGCUACAGCGGGGGUGGUUGAGGACCAGAACACGCAUCCAUCAAGGCGGGAGCGCGCAUUGUGAAGAGGCGGGGCAGCGGGAAUAUCUCUUUCCGGAUAUUUACCUCCACCUGCCCGCGCGACGCGCCCAGUUCCAAGGUUUUUAACAGCGGUAGUAUCAACGGACAUGACAAAGUUCCCAAAUCCAGGACUACUGAGGUUGUGGAGAGAUGGACUGAGGGUUGUGUCAGUGUGUGUGUGUGAGUGAGUGACGCGUAAUUGAGUGCAAAGACACAGAGAGACGUGACAGUCCCGCGUCCCAUUGUGACAUAGCUACGCUGCUCUGAGACCACUGUCUGCAGGGGGAACACACAGCCAUAACGGGUACCUCCCCAACAUUCCCAACCAACGUGGCUCUGAGACCACUGUCUGCAGGGGGAACACACAGCCAUAACGGGUACCUCCCCAACAUUCCCAACCAACGCAGCUCUGAGACCACUGUCUGCAGGGGGAACACACAGCCAUAACGGGUACCUCCCCAACAUUCCCAACCAACGCAGCUCUGAGACCACUGUCUGCAGGGGGAACACACAGCCAUAACGGGUACCUCCCCAACAUUCCCAACCAACGUGGCUCUGAGACCACUGUCUGCAGGGGGAACACACAGCCAUAACGGGUACCUCCCCAACAUUCCCAACCAACGUGGCUCUGAGACCACUGUCUGCAGGGGGAACACACAGCCAUAACGGGUACCUCCCCAACAUUCCCAACCAACGCGGCUCUGAGACCACUGUCUGCAGGGGGAACACACAGCCAUAACGGGUACCUCCCCAACAUUCCCAACCAACGUGGCUCUGAGACCACUGUCUGCAGGGGGAACACACAGCCAUAACGGGUACCUCCCCAACAUUCCCAACCAACGUGGCUCUGAGACCACUGUCUGCAGGGGGAACACACAGCCAUAACGGGUACCUCCCCAACAUUCCCAACCAACGUGGCUCUGAGACCACUGUCUGCAGGGGGAACACACAGCCAUAACGGGUACCUCCCCAACAUUCCCAACCAACGUGGCUCUGAGACCACUGUCUGCAGGGGGAACACACAGCCAUAACGGGUACCUCCCCAACAUUCCCAACCAACGUGGCUCUGAGACCACUGUCUGCAGGGGGAACACACAGCCAUAACGGGUACCUCCCCAACAUUCCCAACCAACGUGGCUCUGAGACCACUGUCUGCAGGGGGAACACACAGCCAUAACGGGUACCUCCCCAACAUUCCCAACCAACGUGGCUCUGAGACCACUGUCUGCAGGGGGAACACACAGCCAUAACGGGUACCUCCCCAACAUUCCCAACCAACGCGGCUCUGAGACCACUGUCUGCAGGGGGAACACACAGCCAUAACGGGUACCUCCCCAACAUUCCCAACCAACGUGGCUCUGAGACCACUGUCUGCAGGGGGAACACACAGCCAUAACGGGUACCUCCCCAACAUUCCCAACCAAUGCAGCUCCACAUACUCGUCCCUCUAUUGAUUUGAAUGUGUUGACAGACAGUUGGAGAAAUAGCUUGAGCCGCAUUGAGAAUUAGAAAAGUAUGAAAGCCAAUGGUCCAAUAUUCUAGAAUACUGCUGUGCCGGGACAUUGUGGACACUGAUAGACGUGUGUGUGUGUGUGUGUGUGUGUGUGUGUGUGUGUGUGUGUGUGUGUGUGUGUGUGUGUGUAAGAGGUUGAGUAACCCGCGGUAACAGACAUGCCCAAACCUGAUCUACUCUGUUUGGUUCAACUACUGGACAACACUAUCCAGGCCUUUACAGUCAACAAGCAGGAUGCAGGUGAGGUUUUACUGGAGCAGGUGUGUAACCAGUUGGGUCUGCUGGAGAGACACUUCUUCAGUCUGCAGCUACGAGACUCCAACACCACCAUCGUCACUCAAACACACUCUCCUAGGUGGCUGGAGGCCAACAAACCACUGAAGAAGCAGCUGAAAGGAGUUGUCUCUCCAUUCUACCUGACCCUCCGAGUCCGAUUCUUCAUCUCAGACCCCAACUCUCUACAGCAUGACCAGACCAGACAUAUGUACUUCCUCCAGAUCAGGAGUGACAUCAGAGAGGGCAGGUUGAAGUGUCCUCUGAGUGCAGCUGUAGUACUGGCCUCCUAUGCUGUGCAGUCUGAGCUAGGUGACUACUCCCCAGACCUUCUCCCUGGUUACCUGUCCAAAAGCCACUUCCUCCCGGAGCAGGAUGAUGACUUCCUGUCUAGAGUGGAGGCUCUGUACCCAGGACACAGGGGGCUGAAGGAGAGUGAGGCAGAGCUGUGUUUUCUCAACACAGCAAGAACUCUGGAGAUGUAUGGAGUGGAACUACACACUGCCAUGGACUCUGACAGUUCCCCUCUAUUGGUGGGAUUGGCCUCAGGGGGCGUGGCUAUCUUCUGUAACAUGAUUUGCUCCAGUUUCUUCCCCUGGGUGAACAUCAUCAAGAUAUCCUUCAAGAGGAAACGCUUCCUUAUGCAGCUCAGACGCAAACAUGGGGAGACGCAGGACUGUGUGGUGAGCCUGGUCCUGCCGUGCCCCAGGGCCUGUAAGAACCUGUGGAGGUCAUGUGUGGACCAUCACUGCUUCUUCCACACCAACCUGGCAACCCGUAGCCCACACCACACCAACCUGGCAACCCAGAUACACAACAAGCUGCUCUCACAACACUGGGCCUUGGGCAACACUAAAACAGACAGUGGUCCAGUGUGUAAGAAAGUGAUGGGUGGGAUGGAGUGGAACCCAGCUCUGAGGGGAUCCACCUCGUCAGAACACCUGGAGACCAAGAGCCUACCGUCCCGAUCCCCCCCGCUCACACCCAACUGGCGGAGUCCUCGUGUGCGUCAUGGCGCCCGUAAACCCCGCCCCUCCUCAGUGGAGCUGAACAAUGACCUGCGCGACAUGUCGGAGGGGGAGGAUGUCUUUUACACCUACAGGGUCUCCCUCAGCAGCAGCAGGGGCAGCCAGGAGGGCACGCCUACACACAGCCAAGGAGGUGGAUGGUCGCAGGUUGAUGACAUCAGCACAGGAGAGGAAGACAUUAAGGCCACCUCUCACUACCGAGACAAGCGUGCUCUUGGUGAUGGCGACCUGCUAUUGGUGCGUCUCGCUCCUGAUCACGAUGGAAAGUUUGGUUUCAAUGUCAAAGGUGGCGUGGACCAGAAGAUGUCCCUGGCCAUAUCCCAGGUCAACCCUGACUCCCCUGCGGGGCGGGUUGAGCCAAGGUUGUUGGAAGGUGACCAGGUCGUGCUGAUCAACGGUCGCGACAUCUCUGAACACACGCAUGACCAGGUGGUCAUGUUUAUAAGAGCCAGCAGAGAGUCCCACUCCAGAGAACUGGCUCUGCUUAUACGACGCAAAGGUCCAGGGCGUGUGGCCCCCCUGCUGCAGUUUCCCUCUGCCCUGUCUCUGACUGGCCAAUCACACGGUGAUCCACUGCUUCUGCCUGGCCUUUCGGAACAAGGCCAAACACUUGAAGAGUCCAUGAAACAACUGGAGAGGGGAAUCCAGACAGGCACUCUCACCUUCCACUUCGAGAACCUGUACAUGAGGAAGCCUGGCCUGUCGGUAGCCUGCGCUCGUCUCCCUGAGAACACAGACAAGAACAGAUACAAGGACGUGCUGCCCUAUGACAUCUCCAGAGUGGUACUUCAGGACCAAGAGGACUACAUCAAUGCAAGCCACAUCACGGUGAUGCCCCCAGGGUCUGGUGUGUGUCUGCGCUACAUUGCAGCUCAAGGACCGCUGCCUCAGACCUGCACUCACUUCUGGCAGAGUGUGUGGGAGCAACACACACACACCAUCAUCAUGCUCACCACACUCACCGAGAGAGGACGGACUAAGUGCCACCAGUACUGGCCACACCCUCCUGAAGUGAGGGAUUAUGGGUACCUGAGGGUCAGCUGCCACUCUGAGGAAUGCAACCUGGCCUACGUCACACGCCAGUUCACCCUCACACACACACAGCUGGGAGAGGAGCGUUCGGUGACCCACCUGCAGUAUGUAGCAUGGCCAGAUCAUGGUGUACCUGAUGACCCCUCAGACUUCCUGUUGUUCAUCACCUCUGUUAGAGAGAGGAGGACAGGAGACACACCACUUAUGGUGCACUGCAGCGCAGGGAUUGGGCGUACAGGUGUUCUCAUUACCAUGGAGACGGCGUUGUCGCUGUUGGAGAGCGGUCGACCUGUGUUCCCUCUGGACAUCAUCAGGACGCUCCGAGACCAGAGGGCCAUGAUGAUCCAGACCACGUGUCAGUUCCGGUUUAUGUGUGAGGCCAUCCUGCGUGUCUACAGAGAGCGAGAGGAGACCAUUCUGCAGCACCACCCUCAGCACUGCUAAUGGACCAUUAACAGGAGGAUGGGGGGGACAGCUAUCCACAAUGCUAGGCUAACAGGAGGUGGGGGGACAGCUAUCCACAAUGCUAGGCUAACAGGAGAAGAGGACUGCUAGCCCCAGCGCUAGGCUAACAGGAGAAGAGGACCGCUAGGCUGUAGCCUUAGAGAGCCAUAGCACUCCACUAGCCUUAAGUACUCGGCAACGGCUAGCCUUCUGUUGCUACAGCACAUAACGAGCCAUAGUGCCGAAUGUGCUCAGCUAGUCCUAUCCUUAUGUUAGCCAUAGAGCACCGCUAGCAGGAAGGACCAUGUACUGCAAAGGUCUUUUCUUUUUUUUUGUUGUAAUUCUCUGGACCAAAGUGCUACUGUAUGAGUGACUGAAGACUGUAUCUCAGUUCCUCCUGAGUGGAGGCUAUAUAGCCUUCCUAAUGGUGGCCCGCAGCUAGUUCCUCCUGAGUGGAGGCUAUAUAGCCUUCCUAAUGGUGGCCCUCGGCUAGUUCCUCCUGAGUGGAGGCUAUAUAGCCUUCCUAAUGGUGGCCCGCGGCUAUUUCCUCCUGAGUGGAGGCUAUAUAGCCUUCCUAAUGGUGGCCCUCGGCUAGUUCCUCCUGAGUGGAGGCUAUAUAGCCUUCCUAAUGGUGGCCCGCGGCUAUUUCCUCCUGAGUGGAGGCUAUAUAGCCUUCCUAAUGGUGGCCCUCGGCUAGUUCCUCCUGAGUGGAGGCUAUAUAGCCUUCCUAAUGGUGGCCCUCGGCUAGUUCCUCCUGAGUGGAGGCUAUAUAGCCUUCCUAAUGGUGGCCCUCGGCUAGUUCCUCCUGAGUGGAGGCUAUAGAACUAGGCCUUUUCUAGACUAGAGAGAUUGACUGGUCUGUCUGUAUUGUUGGGAGAGUGUUGAGGCUUCCAGUGGAUUCACAGUAGAGAUGAACACUGUCAGAGCCACCACACACUACACCCGCUCCCACCUUCCCUAAAUUAUUGACACACUGAAUAAACACACUGACAUCUA